AUGUUCAUAUUGCUGCUGACGUCCCAUUUCUUGGUUUUGGGGGCCAUCAGGGCCAUCAACAUGGGACCCGAGGCGAGCCAUCACCUGAUUCAUAUUGUGGCUGAUGAGAAGUUUGACAAGACGGACCUAACAUUUGCUUCAAAGUGGGUGGUGGGGGAGUUUGCCGAACGGGCAUGGAAGUAUGAGCAGCAGCAGUACAUAUCUAUGCUGGAAAAGACCGUCGGGGCAGUUAAGGGCUACGUUUUCGAGAAUGUCAUGCAUGGUACAUUGGCGAAGGGUGGCGAGUUCGAUGUGGUGCCAUUGCACCUGGAGACUUUGGAGCGGGGUGAGGAGGAGAAGCUGGUCAUCCAGGCCUGCACGGAGUUUAAGACCUUCACACACGAUGUGGCCCAUUAUAUGACCAGCACUAUCAAGAACACGUACUUGAAGCCCAAGUCCGCCAGUUUCCCUGUUAUUGAUGCCCUUAAGGUGCCAGAAAUAUACUUUUUCCAAAUGACUGUUUCGGAUGACAAGGAAAUCAAUGCAGAUGAUCUUGAAGACGUGUUUCAGCAGCUGGGCAUUCCUGUUCUGGGCCAGGCGGGCAAGGACAUGAGGCCCAGCCUCUACUUUGUAGUGGAUCCAGAUAAGUAUGGCAAGUUUAUGGUGCGGCCGGCAAUGAAGAAGCUGAAGUCUGGCCAAGAUGGUGAGGAGCGAAAGGUCGUCUGGCCACCCGACCCCAAAAAGAAGGAGUAUGUGCUGUCAGCUAACACCCUGGCACAUACAGGCGGCUCCUUGCGCCUUCGGCUCGUAUGGGCUCAUUACUCUGUGGGAGAAGGUGCCAGUGCAUGUGUAAAGCACACAUACUAG